ACACAGAGAUGGCUUUGAUGGGGGGUUCGUCGAAAGGGUAUGGACAUAGCAAUAGCAGUGGAAACAGGGGAAGGGCGUAUGGGAUGCUUCUACUGUUAGCGUUUGGGGCGGCAGUGUUUGGGGUUAUGCUUCUCCACAAGCUUAGGGAGAGACGAGUCUUUGACCUCCUCCUCAAAGACAAGGACCGUGAGCUCCUCUCCCUUCAGUUCCUCCUCCAGAAGGAAAGAGUUACAACAAAAGAAGUGAAAAGAAAAAUGGAAGAAGUGAAAACAAAGAUAAACUCUCUUAGGACCCAAAAGACACAACUCAACAACAGGAUUGCGGAUAUGCAGUCCAUGACAUCUUCCCUUAAACAGGAGCACAGAGCAUUGGAAUCAGCACUUGAAAAAAUGCAGAAUGAGAACAAUAUUCUAAGAGAGAAAGAUAUUAGCUCAGCCAAGGAGAAUCCUGAGAUAGUUGCUCUAAAAGAACUUUUGAAGCAGAAGGAAGCUGAAAUUAAAGAAAUGAAGGACCGUCUCGAGACACCUACCAAAAUCUGGUCAGUAAGUGCUGACGACCCGUCAAACCCACCAGUAAAUUUGACUACAACAGGGACUACAGUAGAGGAGAAUGAAAAUGAGGUCGGUAAGAGUAAAAAGGCGAAUUUCACUGCUGAAUACCAGCAACUGCAAGAGUUGAAUGUGAAAGAUGGACAGAAUUCAACUAGUAGACAUGAAGCUGAAAAUGGAACUGGAAUAGAAGGUAAGAAUCAGACUGUAAUUCCUAGAGAAGAGCAGUUGCAGACAUGGGACAAUAAUCCAGUUGGUGAAAAUACAACACAGAGAGGUGCCUCAAUGCAGGAUUCUACACAGAGAGGUGACAAUGGUGAAAAUAAUGCAGAUGACCAUCAAGGAGAGGGACAAAUUGGAGAUGGGGGUUCAGAGAAGCCUGAGGUUCCUCAAGAAGACAGGGAUCCCAAAGGAAGGAACCAGAGUAACGGGAAUGAACGAAAUAUGGAUGAAAAGUCUCAUGAUGAUGAACUUUUGAAAACUGGAGAUGCAGAAGUUAUAGAUGAGGAUCAUGGUGCCAUUAGAAAUGGGGAAAUACUAAAACUCAAAAGUCCUGCAGAAGUUAUAGAUGAGGACCAUGGUGCCAUUAGAAAUGGGGAAAUACAAAAACCCAAGAAUCCUCAAGAUAGUGAUGGUCGGGAACUCGGUAUGAAUUCAAAGGGUGAGAUAAAGUUGGAAGUGCAUUCUGAUGUCUCUCAAAUUGAUUUAACUUCUAGAACAAGAGGCAGGUCUAGAAGUAAGAAGGGACAAAGGAGACGACGAAUGAUAUCUGGGGAGAGGGAAUUAGAGAAGAGUGGAAACUCUAAGGAGGCUUUGGGAGAUGAACAUGAUCAAGAAAAUGCUGUUAUGAGGGAAGGACAGGGAGAAGGGCACUCAGAAAUGCAUGACAAGUCCAAAAAUGAAGUCUUGGGAAUAACAACCAACACUGACAACCAAGUGGUGUCAUCGGAGGAUGGAGAAGGAGCUGUUUCUAAUACUAGAAGGUUGGAAAUGCCCAUGCAUUAUGGAGAUGUUGAAGGUUUGGUUGGGAAACAUGGGCUGAGGGAAUCUUCAGAUAGUGAGUUGCUGAAGUCCCAUAAUCUUCAACAUGAUGAAGAUUCAGAAAGUACUUAUACAGCUAAUCGAGUUGGGAAAGAACAGGAAAUUUCUCAUCUGAAGCUACAGGAUUCUGAAGAUGGAGAUGGGUUGACAACAGACAGCAUCAAGAGUGAGACCAGCCAACUUGCUGAUGAUGCCUUUGAACAGAAAUUGGAUGUUGAAAGACUGCAAGAAGAUCAAGAAGCCAUUGAACAGAAAUUGGAUGGCGGAAGACUGCAAGAAGAGCAAGAAGCCAGGGCUGUCGAAAAACUAGUGGAUAGAGAUACCACUGGAAAAGGAAAAGGAAAGGAUGCCAAUAGAAAUGAGGAGGCAGAGAAUAUGGAGGUUGAUGGUGCUGGAGAGCAAACUACAGAGACAGAAGAUGACAUCCCCGGCAUUCUUGAUCUUGAGUUAGACGAUAUAGAACAACACCGCGGUGAGGGUAACACUGAGGAUGAAGAGUUCUAGAUUUCUAGUUUGUACUUGUAGAAGCGCUUCCAGUUUCAAUUUCAUGUUGGUAUAGCUCAGUUAUGUGC